GAUGUUGAUGAUGAUGAUGAUGAUGAUGAUGAUGAUGAUGAUGAUGAUGAUGAGGAUGAUGAUGAAUCGGAUGAUGAUGAUGAUGAUGAUGAUGAAGAUGAAUCGGAUGAUGAUGAUGAUGAUGAUGAAAGGACGAAUAUAAUGAUGAUGAUGAUGAUGAUGAUGAUGAUGAUGAUGAUGAUGAUUCGGAUGAUGAUGAUGAUCUGA